AUGGGAUAGCUGAAUUUUGGUAGAGUGCAAACCAAACACAACUUUGUUGGGACUAGGGCUAGCCACUAGUUUAUCCAACCCCACAGAGAAAUUAAUGUGAAAAUGUCUCUUGUGGAUGAGACACUAUCAGUUUUCACACUGAUAAGAACAGAUACUACAAUCGAUCUCAGCUUUUACGCCGAGAAGGACAAAGUUCUUCGUUUGCAAAUUAGUCCUUUCCUUAUAUUUUAUUUAAUUGCUUAUAAUUUUAUGGGUUUUAAGGAAUAAUAAUUAAAAUUCAAUUACUUAGAUCUUUUGUUUAUUCAGUCUAUUUCAAUAAUAAAUAGUCUUUGA